GCAGCCGGAAGUGGCGGUGGGGUGUGGACGCCGUUGUCGCCGGUGCCGGCCUGUGCGCGGCCCCCUCGCUCCGUCCCUCCCCCCACCCCCCGCCUUCUUCCUGCCAUGCACCCGCGGCGCCCCGAGGGCUUCGACGGCCUGGGCUACCGCGGGGGCGGCCGGGAGGAGCCGGGCCCCGGCGCCAGGCCCUUUGGCAGCGCUUCGGAGCUGGGCCACUGGGUGACCAGCCCGCCCGACAUCCCCGGCAGCCGCAACCUGUACUGGGGGGAGAAGACGCCGCCGUACGGGGCGGGGACACCCCUGGGGGCCGCCGGCUUCAACGAGGAGCCCAACUUCGGGGCGGGCGGCCCCGGCGCCGAACAGUUGAACAGAUUUGCAGGCUUUGGUAUUGGCCUCGCAAGCCUAUUUACAGAAAAUGUGUUGGCCCAUCCUUGCAUUGUUCUACGUCGUCAGUGUCAGGUUAACUAUCAUGCUCGGAAUUAUCAUCUCACUCCAUUUACUAUUGUGAAUAUUAUGUACAGCAUCAAUAAGACACAGGGUCCAAGAGCUCUCUGGAAAGGAAUGGGCAGCACUUUCAUUGUUCAGGGCAUAUCCCUGGGAACAGAAGGCAUUAUCAGUGAAUUCACACCUUUGCCAAGGGAGCUUUCACAUAAAUGGAACCUCAGGCAGAUAGGUGGACACCUCCUACUCAAAGGUUUAACACAUGUGGUAGCAAUGCCUUUUUAUUCUGCGAGCCUGAUUGAAACUGUACAGAGCGAAAUAAUUCGAGAUAACCCUGGCAUCCUGGACUGUGUGAAAGAAGGCAUCGGCAGAGUGGUAGGCAUGGGAGUACCCCACAGCAAGCGUCUCCUUCCUCUGAUGGUCUUGACUCUUCCAACUGCUCUACAUGGAGUUCUUCACUAUGUCAUCAGUUCCAUCGUCCAGAAGCUUGUUUUGUUUGUUCUAAGAAAGGAUGAUUCCCACAACCUUCCAGCUGAGAGCUCUACUUCUGUGCAGAGCAUGCUGGAUGCAUAUUUUCCAGAACUUAUUGCUAGCUUUGCUGCUAGCCUUUGUGCUGAUGUCAUGCUUUACCCACUGGAGACAGUUUUACACCGCCUUCAUAUUCAGGGGACACGCACAAUAAUUGACAAUACAGACCUUGGCUAUGAAGUGCUUCCGAUCAAUACUCAGUAUGAGGGAAUGAGAGACUGCAUAAAUACUAUAAAACGAGAAGAAGGGAUGCUAGGGUUUUAUAAAGGAUUUGGAGCUGUUAUAGUGCAGUAUACUUUGCAUGUGGCAGUUUUACAGCUUACCAAAAUCAUUUACUCAACACUGCUUCAAAAUGUUUCCUAAUCUGUUCAGCUGUGGAUUUAGCACAGUGAACAUGAUUGACCUACUAACCUAAUUAUUGUUUAAAAUGGCUUAGGAAAAUGAAGUUCUAAGAAUCCGCACUGGAUUCUCCUUACGCUGUAAAAGAACUUCUUUUAAAAAUGGGGAUAUAGAUUCCUAAGUGUAAUUAAUAAAAAGUACUGUUUAAAUUUAAAAUUACAGGCACAAAUUGAGUAUUUACUGUGCAGUCAUACAGAAGAGAGUUGGAUUUCAGAUGUGGUUGGAGUGAGGAUUUACCUUUCCUCUGACUUAAAGAACGGGUAUGAAUUCUUAGUAUCUGCUUUGUGAACAUCACAUAUGAUAUUUAAUUUGGACUGGUAGCCAGUUGAAAGGAAUUUUCAUGAGCUGUAAGAACGUGCAAGUGGGAGACUGAUAGGUUUACUGGUCUUUUCAAAUCGUUUUGAAAUUCGCAGUUAAUGAAGCUGUGAGCAAAAUAGAAACUGUAAAAGUAACUGAAAUAGACAUAAAUGUCGUAGUUUACAGGUAACACAGAUUUCUUUGCUGCAGUGUAGCAGAAGAUGACAAAGAGGAAUCUUUUGCUUUGUACAAAAUAAAAAGUUUGGGGAAUGCAAAUUUGGCUGUCUUGCAGUUUGUUUGCAAGGCUUACAGUAAUUAAAGUGUGAAUAAAGCAAUUAGAAACUGAUGUGUGCAUGUGUAAGUGCCAUUUUUAGCCAUCUUUCUACUCAUAACUUCAGGGUUUAAUUUUAUUCUGCUACUUUGUGUAAGAGUAGAAUAAUCUUACAAUGUGUGUAGUAUCAGUGUUCAAAGUGUAUAGAAAGCAUAAAAAAAAAGACUGUUUCUAGAGUUUCUCUUGUUAGAUGAGAGAUAUGUACACAGCUAUCUACUUACUGUUUAGUACUGAUGUCCUUCACUUAAAGUCUGCUGAAUUAGAUAUUUUGUGGAGCACAGUAAAGUCUGUUUAUAUGCAAGUAAACUACUGAAAUGUACCAUCUUUUUCCUCUUCUCCUAGUAAAUCAAGACUUUCAGUCUGAAAGUGAGUUCCGAUCAUUCUGAACAACUUAGUCCUCCUUUGUUUGAUCACUAAAUAUGAAAGUUGGCAGGGGUGGGGGGGGGCAGGCGGGCAGGGAGUGGGUGGUCGUGAUAUUUAGCAAAUGAAACAAGCAUGUGGAGAAUCACUUUUAAAUUAUAUGAGAGGCUACUGCCUUCUUCACAUUUCCAUGUCACAAGUCUAUCUUUGAAUACUGUAAAUUGAUGUGCAUUUCAAUCAUUAAUCAUUGUAUAGUAGUUAGAGCUUAUGGAAACUAGUCACGGCAAAAUAAUGAAAAGGUGUUGCAAUUCAUAAGUUCUGACUCCAAAUCAUUUGCAGGUCUACUUUGCUAUUAAUCUAACUCAUGUAUUUUAAAUGCUGUUGUGUUUAAAUGGAAAGUAUAGUGAACCUGGGAAAUGAUCUUAUUUUGAAAUACUGUUAAUUGCAAAUUCAGUGUAUAGAAUGAAAGCAAUGAAAUAAAAUGAGAAUUCACUGUAAAUAUUUCAAAGUAAUUCACUGAAGAGGCAUGUGAAGGAAUCUCAAUUUGUGUGUUAUAUUUUAUCGUGUAGACUUCAGAAUGGCUUUUUCAAGUUUCCCAUCUCUCCUAAUUGCAAGAACAUGUUGAAUUAAACUACAUGCAAGCACUUGA